AUGUACAUAACCCGUGGAGGGGAUGUCUUCGCAACAUUACCAUCACCGGUUCCGAUUUACGGCACCGGAGGCAGCAACGUGUUAAGAAAUUCAACCCAUAUUGAAGUCCAGGAAAACUACCUCGACACUCGUCGUGAUGAAGAGAAGCAGAAGCAGAGAGAACAUCUUCAUCUUCAAGAUAAUGGCCAAAAAGACUUGCAUAAUGCAGGAGUGCCGAAGUUUUUAGACGAGACAAAGUGCGACGUUCUUCCCGCUUAUUGUACUAACGCCUUCAAUGGGGAGGAGUCUAUACCCUCCGCCAUCGCGCCCUCAAGCAGCGCAACUAGUUGGCGCAGUGCUGCAGCU